AUGUUAGAAAAAUUUAGAAAUAUAUUAUUAAUCGGCAAUGCUGGUAAAGGAAAGUCUACCCUAGCAAACGUUAUAACUGGAACUAAUGAAUUUGAGGAAAACACCCAUCGCAUUCGAGGAACUAGCGAAACAAAGUCUAAGGAAAUUGAGCACAGGGGAUUAAAAUAUCGUGUCAUUGAUACCGUAGGAAUUGGAGAUUCUAUCAGACCAACGGGAGAUAUAAUAAGUAAAUUGGAAGAAAAAGCUGAUGUGGUUAGCGAAGGUUUAAAUCAAAUAUUGUUUGUGACUAAUGGUCGUUUUACUAAGGAGGAAGUUGAAGCUUUUAAUUUACUCAGUAAAGCUAUAUUUGAUGAUCAAGUAUCUCAUUAUACUACUAUUGUCUGUACUAGUUUUUCUGGAUUUGAAGAUGAAGUAGCAUGUGAAGAGGAUCGUAGAACGUUUCGAGAGGAAAUCGCAAAACUUUCAAAACCGCUUGCUUCAUCUGCGACUAUUUAUGUGGAUAAUCCUCCAUUGAAAGGUCGUUAUAAGUUAAUAGCAAAAGGUUCACGAGAUGCAUCUCGCAGAAUCUUGUUGGAUCACUUGAAAUUUUGUCAAGAAGUUUACAAACCCGAAAUGCUUUCAAAAUUUAGUAUCAUGGUCGAAGAGUUUAAUUCAAUUGUUGAAGAAACGAUCAAAGCAAUUAACGACGUUGAUCAUCAGUUCAAUAAUAACGCCAACUAUUUAGGAGAAUUCAUCUUUGAACGGGAAAAUAUAGUCGAAAUGAUUGAAACGCGCAGGAAUCUAGUAAAAGAACAAAUGAAAGAUCGUUUUACAGCUAGUACUUUUAGUCAUGCUGCUAUAUUAAGUGGUAAGGCUUUGGCAAUCUCGGGAAUUUGGUUCCCACCUGCUUUGGUGCCAGGUGCUGUUAUAUCGAUUAGUGGUUGGUUAGGUGCCGCUGGUACUGAAUCUGUUUCAAUAAUUAAAGAAAAUGAAGUAUACAAAUUUUUCGAAGAAAGCCUUGCGAGAGACAAAGAAAAGCGUGAAUUAUUAGAAAUCUCACAAGUAGAAUUAAAAGAAUCUAUUAGCAGAUUAAAAGAAAUCCGUCCUCGGUUCAAGAAUUCAGAAUUCAAAAAACAGAAUUUGGACAAAAGAAGAAUUGACAUAAUUAAGACUGUGCUGAAUAAUUUUCUGGGAGAAGAAAUUGAAAAUGAUUUGAAAUUAGAAAAUAACGAAAAAACUGAAUAUAAUACUGGUUUGGUAGCAGUGAGAGCUACUCUGGAAGCUGUUUGUAAACUUGUGCCUUCUCCUUUAUCGCUAUAUUGUAUUUAUCGGGAUCGAAAGGAAAUUGAAAGCCGUACUUCUUUGGAUGAUAUGGAUAAAACAAUUAAGAGUUGGAAUGAAGAAUUAACAGGGUUAAAAGAUAGAGAACAUACACUAAAUGAGGAAUAUAAGAAAGUUAGGAUGUGUAAAGAAGAAUUAGCGAAACUAUCAUCAGAUAUUGAUUGA